UCGAUUGUACGCGUGAGUCAUGAUGCCAUUCAGUCACUCGAAGGCCUCACAUGAAUGGCAUUCGAGACUCGAGAGGAAGGCAACGAAUACUGUUGAAUGCCUCCCUGUGGCGUCCAAUCUGAAAUGUGCGGACCGCCAAUCGAGACCAUCGAAGCUUUCACCGUCUGCCACGUCAUCCAGUCAGUCGACCACUGACACCCACUGACAUCCAGCAGCACCAACACGUGAAGUCAUUCAGUCAACACCUCUAAACGCACCUCACCCAGCCGCCGUUUCUGGCUACAUGGAAGCAGGCAGCAGAUGAGCAUCCACCACGGCAUUCACGUCAGUGACACCCGUCUGGCUGGGUGCCACUGGGUGCACACAUCAGGAGAGUGACUCACACUGACUACAUGCCGAGUGUCACCCACUCCCCUCGUUCGUCGACGUACCCCAGAUGUUGCCACUCGAAUGCCGCCACGUCCUUGGUGAAGCCGUUGCCGAUGCUGGCCGGCAGCCCGUCGUAUCUCGCGGCCUCGUCCAGGAUGGCCCGCUGCACCACCUCACGCAACUCCAUCAGCCGAUGCUGCCCGCCAUGCUGCCCCCUGACGACGAAGCACCGCAGCUGCGGCACCCGCACCCUCUCGCCGUCCACAUUGGUCGUCCCGCCCACCACCUCCUCAUUGCCCACCACUUGCAGCGAUGCGGCGGCCCCCACGAAACGCGCCAUCGCGGUGUUGACGCGGCGGCCGAUCUCAGUCACGUUCUGGACGGGGCGGGGGCUCUGCUCCAGCACCGAUGGGUUGACGAAGGACGACGCCACGCGCCAGGCGAUGGGCGACAUGUCCCGAUUGGCGAAGGGCAUGUAGUCGUUGUGCCAGGAGGGCUCCGGGUCGACGUGUGGGGGGAGGGGGGGAGGAGGCACGGAGGGGCGGGAUGGGUCGAAUGAGGGGAAGGCGGCCUUGAGCUGCUGGGCGGUGGCAUUGUGGAGUGCCUCUGUUAGCGCGUCGGCCAUCUCGCGCUGAGGGCGCAGGGCGGCGUUGACGGUCGCCAUGACGUCAUGCGGCAGCUGGUUGAGCACUGUCGCAUACUCGGGCAGCAUCAGCUGUCGACGACGACGGUGUCGCUCUGUGGCUGUGGGGAUGAAGGCGAUGUCAGCGCCCGCCUGGAGGAGCACACUGAUGGUGUGCUUGACAUGAGGGAUCCGGAUGGUGGCCAGGGCUUCCCUCUCGGCCUGCCCCGUGUUGUUGUCUUGCAGCCGCUGGGUGGCCUCAUCGAGCGAUUGGGCAGCGGCGGUGAGGGGUGUGAGAGCGGGGGCAUUCGGCAGCCCUCUGUCGAUGUCAGCAGCGGUGAGACGGCCGCAGAGAGAGGCAGCGACACGGUGGGAACCCCAGUGCGCCACCCGAUGUAAUGGUGUCAGCCCACCGUUGUCCACGGGCCUGAUGUCCACCCCGUUCGUCACCAGCAGGUCAAUGUAGUUCUCGAUGGACUGCUGGGACCAGAUUGGAGGCGUCAUGGCGGCCCAAUGCAUCGGAUUGAGGCCGUCCGCAUCCCGCUCGGUUGCGAGUGUGCUGUCCCGCUCGAUGAGCUGCCGGUAGAAGGACAGCAGCGUGGCCUCGUGAGCCCCAGUCGGCUGGUCCGUAUCCAAUGUGGUAGGCACCGUCAGCACCCGACGCCCCCGCAGCUGGAUGCCUGGAACAGACAGACAGACAGACCGACAUCACGCUGUGUGUUCCGUGUCGUAAGUGCUGUGAAUGAGUGCGCACCUGGCUGGCCCAUCAGGAGGUCGAAUGCGGCCCGGUUGCACGAGGCAAUGGCCACCACGAUGGGCGUACAGGCACGCUCACCCGCAUUGAUGUCGGCGCCUCCCUGGACGAGGCUUCCCAUGAUAGCGAGCUGGAUGCCGCGAGUCUCCCACAUGGGCAUGGCGAGGGGACAGUGGUCAUCGCCCUUAACUGCCCAGAUGGACGGCAGACUGUUGUCAGUGAGGUUGUCGAUGCACAGCGACAGCAGCGGAUAGGCAAAAUGGUCUCCCGACGUGCUGCCCGCCACGUACAGCCCAGGCUCCACAUUGAGGUCGGCUCCAUGCCGCUGGACCGCCAGUGAUGCGGCGCUCUCUGAUGACCUUGAACAGUGCGUAGCUGGCGACGCUGGUGCCAUUCGGGAAGCGGACGCGGACCUCCUCAUUCAAGCUCUUCCAGCCGUGGGGCAACGGCGCACCUGUGGCACAGCGUGCAUAGGGGAGGGUGUGUUGGGGGGUAAUUUGUUGACCUACGUCCGUCCUGUCGGCCCUCACCGCUGCCCUGCUGCCUAUCGACACCAACACCGACGCCCCCUCCGACGCGGGGCGGUUGCGGUGGGACACCAACACCACCAGCAGGAUGGGGAGCGAGAGGAUUCUGCACACACCAUAUACAAUACAGCUCACAACACAACCAUGCCAUCUCUUAGUGUGGUAAGGACAGAGGAGGCAUGCAAUCACCUGUGGCUGCUGGCCAUUUGGCAGGUUGGCGGCAAGUUGGUGCGUCUGGCCGUCUCGCUUGGCCCUCUUGUGCUCCUCACGCUCCAGAGGAAAGCCGGCACGCUUCACAAUACCUACACAGACGACCCAAAGACCAUGCUGGCUGUGGUGCAUUUAUUGGCUACCUGUAUAGCUUCCUGACGGUUCCUGCUCUCCUGCUGCCGAUGCUGCCGAUGCUUGUGGCCCACCCGCCACCCUUGCCGUGAGCUUAAUGUCCUGCCGUUUGCCACGGCGGAACAGCCGAUGACACACACACACGCACGGGAGAUUGCGUGAAAGUGUCUGUCUGUCGCGGUGCUCUUGUUUGUUGGCGAACCGGCGGUGGCAUGUGAGAGGGCUCUGUCAUGAAGGCGUUGUUCCUCUGCCUCACGAUGACAUUGCUCACCUGCUGGUGGUCCUCCACAUCCAUUGGCUGCCGCUCGUCACCGCCGCCACACUGCUCGGCAUACUCUGCAAAGACGGUGAAGCGGACACACACACACACACACGACGUUUGGCCAUGAUGCUGUGUGUGUGAUGUGCUGCAUAUUUGCGUGAGUUGAGUGUACCUUCAUCGCCGUCGCCACCGUCCGCCAUAGCAGGGGAGGCCAUGUCGGUGUCGGGACGACCAGACGACAUCGCUCUCACUCACCCAAACAGAGCUGCACCACGGACAACUGUGACAGACAAGAGAUGGCCGGGCACCUGAUGCAUUUGUUGUGCAUCAACCAGUGCUUGCCUAUCACACGUAUGAGUCGCAGCCAGCCGCACACACACACUCGCUCAUUCAACCAACCAGUCCGCCCGUCGACAAGGCAGACCUGAAGACCGCCAACACGCACAGCCAGCAAACAGGUCGUCAGUGUGCUUGUGAGCAAUCCAAUCGCCGCAUCUUCCCACUCUUUGUCGGACGAGCGGGCGAGUCCGCU